AUGACAGAACAACAUACGGCGACAAUUGAGCCUCCCAUUAUGGUAACAACUCUCAAUAAUUCAACAAAAAUACAGUCUACAUCACCACUGACAUCAGACGAACAAAAGAUAAUUAACACAGUAACAGUAAAUCUAGAAACAAGAGCAGCCCAGACAACUAUAGCAACUGAACCAGCAACAACAGGACAAACAACGAGGUCUGAAACAACGCCAUCUGAGCCAACAACAAUUGACCAUGGAACAUCUUCGGAAUCAUUAACAACAGAAACAACAACGGUUGCACCCGUAACAUCUGCUAAAACAUCUGAACAAACACCUGUUGAAACAACGCAAACAACUUCACUAAUAACGACGUUUGAACUAACAACAAAUCAAUCAACAACAACUGAGACAACGGCAACAGAACCAAUAACUGAACAGACAUCAGAAACAACUGAGACAACGGCAACGGAACCAAUAACUGAACAGACAUCAACAACAACUGAGACAACGGCAACGGAACCAAUAACUGAACAGACAUCAGAAACAACUGGGACAACGACAACGGAACCAAUAACUGAAAAGACAUCAGAAACAACUGAGUCAACAACAACAUCAGAAACAACUGAGACACCGGCAACGGAACCAAUAACUGAACAGACAUCUGAAACAACUGAGACAACGGCAACGGGACCAAUAACGGAACAGACAGCAGAAACAACUGGGACAACGGCAACGGAACCAAUAACUGACCAGACAUCAGAAACAACUGAGACAACGUCAACGGAACCAAUAACUGAACAGACAUCUGAAACAACUGAGACAACGGCAACGGGACCAAUAACGGAACAGACAGCAGAAACAACUGGGACAACGGCAACGGAACCAAUAACUGACCAGACAUCAGAAACAACUGAGACAACGACACCGGAACCAAUAACUGAACAGACAUCAGAUACAACUGAGACAACGGCAACGGAACCAACAACUGAACAGACAUCAGAAACAACUGAGACGACGACAACGGAACCAAUAACUGAACAGACAUCAGAAACAACUGAGUCAACAACAGUAGUUGACUUGGGAAUGACAUCUAAGUCAUUGACAACUGAACUUACAACAUCUGCACUGGCAUCGGCAACAGAACUAUCAAUUUCAGAACCGCCGACAACUGAAUCUGCAACGACCAAUGAAUCAACAGACACAACUGUACUACAAACAACGACAAAAGAAACAACUGCUACUGCAACAACGUCAUCAGAACCAACAACAUUUACAUCUGAACAUAUAGUGUCAACUGAAUCAUCAAUGACGACAUAUGAACAAACAACGCCUGUGUUAACAAUUACAUUUGGACAAGCAAUGUCAACAACCACGGAUCGAACAACGACCACAAUGAGGAGUCCAACGACCACAAUGAGGAGUCCAACGACCACAAUGAGGAGUCCAACGACCACAAUGAGGAGUCCAACGACCACAAUGAGGAGUCCAACGACCACAAUGAGGAGUCCAACGACCACAAUGAGGAGUCCAACGACUACGACGAAUGAACAGACAAAUGUACUGGAGGUGACCACAGCUGAACUAACAGUACCAACGGAAACCGUAACGAUGACAACAAAUGAACCAUCUACAGCGGGAACCACUAUUCACACCUAUCAAUGCACGUGCCUGAACAAGACGUAUAAGAAACUGGAGGAUGUUUUAAUAGAGACAGCUAAAAUACGAUUUGCACUGACUAUUGAUAAAAACACGCUGUCCUCUACCAUUCGACGAAAGACAUGCGCAGACGAUCAGCGACCCACCUGUCAGGGCAUGGGAUAUGUGGCCGGGAUACUGCUUGCGAUAAUGCCAAUAGUUAUAGUAAUAAUGGAUGUUCCUACAAUUAUUACAUCAGUAUUAUUCUAUUUCUAA